GACCAAACCUCAUACAAUGUAUCCCUCUCUCUCUCUCUCGAUCUCAUGUAUAUACAGCAAAACAUUACACUCAAUCCAUCUCUGUCCCUUCUCACCGUCCCCCGCAAUUCUCGAUGAUGCUCACUCUCUUCUUCCUCUUCUCUGUGGCCGCUGCCCCGAUCUCGGAAGCUCUGUCCUUCAACUACACGGUCUUUAAUAGCGCCGACCCGAACAUCACCUAUGAGAGGGCCUACGUCAAUGGUGAAGGAGCCAUCCAGCUCACUGCGAACAACAGGGCCAAUAUUGGGCGGGCCACCAGUUCCAAGCCUAUGCAGCUCUGGGACAAGUCCACCGGAAACCUCACCGACUUCGAGACGUACUUCUCCUUCAUAAUUGACUCUAAUAACCGCACUGCCUUUGGAGACGGCCUUGCCUUCUUCCUUGCCCCGGUCGGUUCCAGGAUCCCCGAUAAUCUAACCAAAGGUGGCACUCUGGGCCUCACCAGUAGGGAGCUGUUCCAGAACUCGAGCAGUAAUCCAUUUGUCGCGGUGGAGUUCGACGUUUACAAAAAUCAUUGGGACCCUCCGGGUACACAUGCUGGGAUAGACAUUGAUUCCGUGGUGUCAGUGACAAAUAUCUCUUGGCUGAGUAAUGUAACUGGCGGGAAGACGAACGAAGCAUGGAUUAAUUAUGAUUCUGUGUCAAAAAACUUGAGUGUCGUAUUCACUGGUUAUCGAAAUGCCACACGAGUCCUUCAGUAUCUCAGCCAUGUGUUUGACUUGAGGCUUUGGCUACCCGAGCAAGUCAUUUUCGGGUUCUCUGGAUCAACUGGAAACGCUUCCGCUGCUCAUAUUGUUACGGCAUGGAACUUUAGUUCGAAUUUAGAAAUUAACAGGACAGUGACGCCGCCAUCGUCACAGCGGGGCAGUAAAGUAGGCCUCGCAGUGGGCCUGAGCAUCGGCGGGUUAAUCUUGGUGACUGCGUUAAUGGGAUUAGUCUGGUUUUGUUGGUGCCGGAAGAGAAAUGGGGAUGAAGCAGAAGAGGAUGAGAUCCUUCAGUACAUGAGUGGUGAAUUACAGAUGGAAUCAUCGGGGCCCAAGAAGUUUUUGUACUCUGAAUUGGCCAAUGCGACGAGCAACUUCAAGGCUGAGGAGAAGCUGGGUGAGGGCGGGUUUGGCGGAGUUUAUAAAGGAUUCUUGCAAAGUACAAGUUUGUAUGUUGCAGUGAAGAGGAUAUCCAGCAAAUCCAAGCAGGGGGUUAAGGAGUAUGCUUCGGAGAUAAAGAUCAUUAGCCGUCUCAGGCACCGGAAUCUGGUGCAGCUCAUCGGAUGGUGCCACGAGAGGAAGGAGCUACUUCUUGUUUAUGAGUUCAUGCCGAACGGGAGCUUGGAUUUCCAUCUGUUCAAGGGAAGAAGCUUCCUCCCCGGGAAUAUCCGGUACAAGAUUGCACAAGGUUUGGCCUCGGCGCUGCUAUACCUGCACGAGGAGUGGGAGCAGUGCGUGGUCCACAGGGACAUAAAGUCGAGCAACAUUAUGCUCGAUUCUGACUACAAUACAAAGCUUGGGGAUUUCGGGCUAGCAAGAUUGGUAGAUCACGCAAAAGGGGCCCAGACCACAGUUCUGGCAGGGACAAUGGGGUACAUGGCCCCGGAAUGUGCCCAGACAUUCAGGGCCACCAAGGAAUCGGAUAUAUACAGCUUUGGAGUGGUAUGCCUGGAAAUAGCCUGCGGGAGGAGACCAGUGGACUCGAGCCUGCCCGAGGAUCAAGUAGUUUUGGUCGGGUGGGUGUGGAAGCUUCAGGAAAAGGGGGAGAUCCUAAAGGCCGCAGACCCAAGGCUGGGCAGUGAUUUCAACGAGCCAGAGAUAGAGAGACUGUUAAUCAUCGGCUUGUCCUGCACUUUAACAGACGCUAGGCGCCGGCCUUCUGCAAAGCAAGCGUUGCACGUGCUGGAAUUCAAUAGUCCGCUGCCCGUCCUCCCGGCAGAAGGUCCUGCAGGAUUAGCGACAUACUUUCCUGCACUGGAGAAUCCUGAAGGAGACCAACACCGGCGUUCAUCGACAACCAGCAUUAGCAACCAAACGUUCUCAUCGUCACAGUUUAGUUCACAAUCUGGUGCUACAGCUUCUUCCUCCUCGUUGGAUUUCUACGGCGGUCGGUAAGAGAAAUUUGUCUGUUUAUUCCAUCUUUGUACAUGAAAGAUGGUGAGACUUUGAUUUGUCGGAGUGCAUUUUACCAGGCAACGUGAUAGCAGACAGGGUAUGAAUUCAACUGGGAAAGAAGUGGAAACAUUGCCAAUUCGAUCGGUUAAUUUGGAGUGCACGGGAUACCUCAUAUAAGUGAUCAUAAACCACUUAGUAAUCACUUCCCAUGUCUAGUUAAUUAAUUAGAACAAAGCAACAUUACCAAAAAUUUCUCCGUAAUUAUCAUUUUAGGAAAUAGUAUCCUUGUACCCAAAACAUUCAUUCAAAAUUGCUGUGAAUGGAAGACACUGAUAUACGUUCUCA